GAUACAAACCCUUCUGUGUAAGUUAUAGCUUUUACAAACGAUGUUAAGUUUAUUACUGAAUGUAACACUGCAGUGAUUCUAACGAGUGUCCAAACAGCCAGAAAACACCAGGUGAAGUGACUGAAAUCUACGAUAUUGUAAGGAGGAUGUUUAUUAAAGAGGAGAGCGAAGACAUAAAGAUUGAAGAAGCAUUUAGAGUGAAACACGAAGCGUCUGAGGAACAAACAGACCCAAUGGCACUGAAAGAGGAGAGGGAAGUACUCGAUGAAAUUGAUGUGAAAGAUCAAUAUGAGGAUCUUCUUGAUUUCACAACUGGAGAUAAAUCUUUUUGUUGUUCACAGUCUGAAAAGUCCUCCACACGAAAAACAGCUCAAAAGAGAGGGGAAAAAAGUGAUUUUACUUGUUUUAAGUUUGGACAGAGUUUCAAUCAAAAAGUAAAACCUCAAGUCCAUUUGAGAACUGGAAAGAGGCAUUUCACUUGCCAACAGUGUAGAAUAAGAUUCACUCUAAAAGGAAGCUGGAACAGGCACAUGAGAAUUCACACGGGAGAAAAGCCUUACACCUGCCAACGAUGUGGAGAAAGUUUUGCUCUACAUAGAAACCUUAAAUUCCACAUGAGAAUUCACACUGGGGAGAGCCUUUUUACCUGCAAACAGUGUGGAAGAAGUUUUAACAGAAAAGGAAACCUUAUUGUCCACAUGAGAAUUCACACUGGAGAGAGACCUUUCACCUGCCAACAGUGUGGAAGAAGUUUCAAAAGAAAAGGAAACCUUCAUUCCCACAUGAGAAUUCACGCUGGAGGGAGCCCUUACACCUGCCAACAGUGUGGAAUAAGUUUCACUCAGAAAGGAAGCAUUAACAGGCACUUGAGAAUUCACACUGGAGAAAAGCCUUACACAUGCAUUCAGUGUGGAAAGAGUUUUGCUCAACUUGUAAACCUUAAAGUCCACGUAAGAAUUCACACUGGAGAGAGCCCUUACACAUGUCCUCGGUGUGGAAAGAGUUUCGAUAAGAAUGAAAACCUUAAAGUCCACAUGAGAAUUCACACUGGAGAGAAGCCUUAUUCAUGCCUUCAGUGUAGAAAGAGUUUCAAUACUCAUGGAAGCCUAAAAGUCCACAUGAGAGUUCACACCGGAGAGAAGCCUUACUCCUGUCUUCAGUGUGGAAAGAGUUUCAGUAAUCAAGGAAACCUUAAAGUCCACUUGAGAGUUCACUCCGGAGAAAAGCCUUACACCUGCCAACAUUGUGGAAAGAGUUUCUGUCAACUUCGAACUAUAAAACACCACAUGAGAGUUCACACUGGAGAAAAGCCUUUCACCUGCCAACAGUGUGGAAAGAAUUUCUAUCAACAUCGAUCCUUAAAAGAACACAUGAUAGUACACACCGGAGAAAGGCCUUUCUCUUGCCAACAGUGUGGAAAGAGUUUCUAUCAACAUCGAACCUUAAAAAACCACAUGAGAGUUCACACUGGAGAAAGCCCUUUAACCUGCAAACAGUGUGGAAAAAGUUUCGAUCAACAUCAAAACUUAAAAAACCACAUGAAAGUUCACACUGGAGAGAAGACUUUCACCUGCCAACAGUGUGGAAGAAGUUUCAACAGAAAAGGAAACCUUAAUGUCCACAUGAGAAUUCAUACUGGUGAAAAGCCUUAUACAUGCCCUCAGUGUGGAAAGUGUUUCACUCAAAAAGUGUGCUUUGAAGCCCACAUAAGAAUUCACACUGGAGAGAAGCCUUUCACCUGCCAAAUGUGUGGAGAGAGUUUCAAUCAACAUCGAACUUUAAAAGACCACAUGAGGGUUCAUACCGGAGAAAAGCCGUUCACCUGCCAACAGUGUGGAAAGAGUUUCACUCAAAAAGGAACCUUUAACAGGCAUAAGAGAGUUCACACCGGAGAAAAGCCUUACACCUGCCAACAGUGUGGAAAAAGUUUCAGUCAACGUCGAACUUUAAAAGACCACAUGAGAUUUCACACUGGAGAGAAGCCGUUCAACUGCCAAUAGUAUGGAAAAUGUUUCACCCAAAAAGGAAGUGUUAACAGGUAUGAGAAUUCACACCAGAGGAAAGGAAUAUACCUGUCAGCAGUGUUGUGAGUUUUGCUCAACAUGGAAACCUUCAAGUCCACAUGAGAAUUCACACUGAAGAGAGUCUCUUCACUUACCAGUUUCAACUGAAAAGGAAUUAUUAACCCUUUGGGGUCAGAGGAGGUUUUUGGGCCCUAGUGAUGUUUUGACUUGCCCUAACAUUUGUGCUUAUUUCAGUUUUUAAUUGGUGUUUACACUGUAUUUAGUGCAAACUGUUACAAUAAUGUGUGUAGCAUGUAUGGAAAUUUUUUUUUUUUUUUUUUGAGGAAACAUUUAAGUGUGGUUAAUGGAAAAAAAAUAUUUUGUGAGUCACUAAAAUAAGCCCGUAAAUGCAUCUUGAACAUAUUUUAGAGAACUUGAUCCUGUAGCCCAGUGUUUCCCAACCGGGGUGCCGUCUGUCGAGAG